UACGACGUCCUCGGCGACACCUACGGCAUCGUCGCGAAGACGCUGCACCCGGGCGAGACGUUCCACUCGGAGCCCGGCGCCAUGGUCUUCAUGUCCAACGACGUCAGGAUGAGCGCGAAGUUCGGCCGCGGCUUCCGCGGCGCCGUCUCCCAGGCGGUGUCGGGCGAGGCGCUGGCCAAGGUCGAAUACACGAACGCGGGCGCGGGGCCGGGCUACGUCGGCAUGACGGCGAACCAGCCCUUCUCCACGGUCAUCCCCGUGCAGCUCGCGGCGCUGCCCGGCGGCUCGAUCAACGUCAAGCGCGGGGCCUACAUGGCCGGCACGCCCGACGUCACGGCCUCGAUGAAGUUCCUGCCCGCGCGCGACCUCGCGGCCUGCUGCUGCGGCGGCCUGCCGCCCGUCAUCCAGAGCGUGUCGGGCGCGCCGCACGGGACGGCCUUCCUCUCCGCCGCGGGCACGAUCGUCGCCAAGAGCCUCCAGCCGGGCGAGGCCGUCGUCGUCGACUCGACGUCCAUCGUCGGCUUCGAGAACGACGUCCAGUUCGACGUGAAGCGGGUCGGCGACUGCUCCACCUGCUGCCUCGGGGGCGAGGGCUGCUACAACACGGUCCUCACGGGGCCGGGCAAUGUCUAUUUGCAGUCCAUCAGCAUCGACAAGCUCAUGGCCCAGCUCGUCACGGUCCAGUCGAGCGACGACGGCGGCGGC